AUGAAUGGACCAUAUGAUCCACAACGAGAAGUAUGGCCAUCGCAGCCAGAAGCAUAUCAUGUGCUCAAGAGGUUCAAGAGCGUGCGAGAGAUGGGACAGUUCAGGAAUGCCGAGAAACAAUUAAAUCCAGAAAGUUACGCGAGAAACCGGAUAGACAAGAUUAACGAACAGUGCAAAAAACAUCAACGAGAAAAUCGUUAUAUUGAAAUCAACUGGAUUUACAAUCAUGUUCUGGCCGGUGAGUGUUCUAUGCCUGAUGCUUAUCCUGAUGUAGUUGAUUUCGCAUGGUUUCUCGGAGAAAAACAAAAAGAAGUUCAACAUAAAUUGGCAAAUCUCAAUAACGCUCCACCACCAGUAGUACAAACUACAGCCGAUGGUAGAAAUGCUGAUACCACUGCGAUUCCCAGUAACCCUAGCAAUAAUUUUAUUAAUACUAAUGUUGAUGUUGAUGUACUUGAGAUUAAUGGAUCUGGUAUAAAUGGUGGUACUGUUACUGGAGGGGAUAUGUAUGUUGGAGUCGUGAACCAUCAUAAUCAAGGUGGUGGUGUUAUUAUUAAUGGUACUGGUGGACAAGAAAUGUUGUCAUCAGAUGCGGCCAUGGGAGCCUUAAAAAGCCAACCAUUUUUCAUGGAUGUAACGAGCCCACCUUCUGUUGUUCAAUCUGGUGACCAAUUAAUGGUGAAUUAUCUUGAAGGCUAUCCAAACAAUGAUCAGAUGCUGAUGCAGCUGGGAGGAGUUUCAAUACCAUCUUACAAUGAUGGUACCCUGGAAGAACUCGCCGCCAAUAGUCAGAUGAUGAUGCCUACCAAUAACUCUAGUGUUCAAAAUAAUAAUCAAAUGAUGAUGCAGCUGGGAGGAGUUCCAAGACCAUCUUAUAAUGGUGGGCACGAAGACAUCGUUCUCGCGACCAAUAAUCAGAUGAUGAUGUCUUCCAACAACUCUUAUGUUGAAAAUAAUACUCAAAUGAUGCAGCUCGGAGGAGUUCCAAGACCAUCCUACAACGGUGGGCUUGAAGACAUCGUUCUCGCCUCCAACAAUCAGAUGAUGAUGUCUGCUGCCAAUAACUCUAUAUAUCCCUAUGAACAAUAUCCAUUCAACCUUGAACAAUUUUUAGAUGAUUAA